GUGAGCUGGUCAAACCCUGGCGAAAAGCUCUAUGCCACACUAUGUUUGUUGGGGACAGUUCAAGAAAUCGGUGAUGGGCGAGCCAGUGCAGACAGCGUUUAAAAGCACCGGCGCACUGUGGCUGCUCCCGCUCAGUGAAUACCUGGGCUUCCCUGUGGAUCAGGUGAACUUUAUGACAAGUCAGCUAUUUGCAUUGAUAGCUGCCUUCUGGUUUCGUCUCUACCUCAGUCCUACCCACACCAACCCACUCGUCAGACACGCUGUGGCUGCACUCUUCGGCAUUGCCAUCCUCUUUUUCUGCUUCGGAUGGUACGCCUCUCACAUGCUCACUGUAGUAUUGGGAAGUUAUUUGAUUAUCAUAAAACGUGAUAUCAACAAUGUACACAGUUAUACUAUGAUCUGGGCUAUAGGCUACCUCACAGUGUGCCAAGUGAUACGUGUCUAUAUUUUUAACUAUGGAAUUCUCUCAACAGACUUUUCUGGGCCUCUGAUGAUGGUUAUUCAAAAACUUACCUCUUUAGCAUUUCAACUCCAUGAUGGUAUGUGUAAGAAGCCUGACAAACUAAACCCAAAACAGAAGCUCCUGGCUAUAAAUCAAAGACCAUCAUUAUUUGAAUACCUGAGUUAUAACCUUAACUUCCUGAGUGUAUUGGUGGGGCCGUGCAGUGACUAUAAGGACUACAUAGACUUCAUAGAGGGUCGCCACAUCAUCAGCAGGUUACAUUCAGGAGCAUGCAAUGGGCAAAACGGAUAUAAAAAGCAAGUAGAACCAUCACCAGUGAGAGCAGUGAGUGAGAAACUGCUCAUUUGUGCUGGCUGUAUGUUAUUUUUCCUCAUCGUGACACGGUCUUUGCCAAUAACAUACAACGUGGAUCCACACUUUUUGGCCAAUGCCUCCUUCAUGACGAGACUCAUCUAUGCAUUUUUCUCCAUACAAGCUUCUCGGCCUAAAUUCUACUUUGCUUGGACUCUUGCUGAUGCAGUCAAUAACGCAGCAGGCUAUGGCUUCGCAGGGAUGGAUGAGAAUGGAAGGCCGUCUUGGGAUCUCCUCUGCAAUGUUAACAUCCUGGGAAUUGAGACAGCAACAAGCUUUAAGACAUUCAUAGACAACUGGAAUAUUCGCACCGGGAUUUGGCUUAAAAUGGUGUGCUAUGAUCGAGCUCCUCAGUACAGGCUGCCUUUGACUUUUGUCUUAUCUGCCAUUUGGCACGGCCUCUACCCAGGAUACUACUUCACGUUCCUCACUGCUAUUCCCAUUACCAUGGCCGCUCGAGCUAUAAGGAAGUCAAUUCGGCACUAUUUCCUGGGAUCCAAAAUCCUAAAGUUUGGGUACAAUAUAGUGACUUGGGCUGCGACACAGUUUGCCAUUUGUUACACUGUGAUGCCCUUUUUGCUUCUAGCAGUUGAGCCUACAAUGACUUAUUACAGAUCUAUGUACUUUCAUGUACACAUCCUGAGCAUAUUGAUAGCUGUUGUCCUGCAUCAGAAACACAAACCUAGAGACCCCUCUUCCACCAACAAAUCCUCCUGCAUUUCCUCCGAGAGCCCACCUACUCAUUGCAACAACGGAGCCCACAAAAUCAAAUAAAUGCAGGUAUUUACACUGUCCUGCCCGGUUUCUCAGUGUUCUACCAAAGUGCCUAUUCAAAACUGGAAAACUACAUGUUAUUUAUUUUUGGGGGACAAAGGCAAAAGCCUUCUGCUGUUGUGAAUGUGAGUAAAAAUAUGUCUGUUAUGUCUGACACAGCAGGACAGUUGAACAAGAAACAAAUACCUGAAACAUGUCCAUGUGAACUUUGUUAUGCUCCACAGAUGCUUCCCUUGCCCGGGAGGAUAGAUAGUUUAUUUAUAUGUUUAUAACUUAUGUUUGUCUCUAUAUGUCUUCCAUUGUUGACAUUGACUAGUUUUGUAUAAAUUCAUAUUCACUAUGCAUGCUGAAGAGCCCCUCCUUAUUCACUGACAACUGUUUCAUUUACUGACCAGGUCCUAUGGAAAAUCUUUGUAACACUUGAGAAUAACUUACAGUUUUGUUUGUUUAGUAUCGAGAAAUAUAGAUAGUAUUAAUUCACUUAUGCUCACUACUGAUUUCUGUUGUUGUUACAAAUUAUUGUUUUUUUGAGUAUUUGCAAAUACCUUAUUUACUUACAUUAAGAUUUUAGUGCUCUACAGUUGAGGUGCAUUCCAAAGUGUUACCAGGAUUUUUGUAAUAUUGUGCUGCUAACAAAUGCUUGUUAUGAGGCAUAUUUACUUACUUAAGGUAAUAUAACUUACAAAUAAUAGCAUCGACACACUGGUCACUCUUGCUUGUUAUGUGUCAUCCAAAACAAAAUCAAUGUCAUUGUGUUUCCUAUUUGGAAAAAUAUCCUAGUGCAGCAUGUGGAAUUAAACGGAGCCAUCUAUUGGUCGGCUGAGGUGCCAAGAUUCUUACCAUAAAAAGUACAAAUAUUAUAGAAAUGACUGAAGCUUCUAUUGCCUUACUCGGAUGCAUGAGGUGUUAUUUUUUUACUGGAUACAUUACUUCCAUUUGUAAUCUGAAAUAUGUAAACGUAUCAUGUAUCAUAUUUAAAUCCAUACUGGGUUCUGCAUCACUAGUAUGGUAGCUUUGACCUUGUACUAAUCUGCCAGUAAGAUGGAAAAAUUAAUUCCAAUAUGACUUUAAUAAUUGUAUUGUGUUUUUUUGUUUUAGUUUUUUUUAAAUAUAUAUAUUACGGUACUUACAUUGUCAUUUAUUAU